UAAAGGAUCUACUCGAUGGUUGACCACUACAUACGGAUACAGCAUCCGGGAUAUGUUUUCCGCCAAGCGACCUUGCUCAUCUCCGGAAACGAGUAUUGUCGCGAAAAGCCCGUGCAUAGAGCAUGUAGAGUGAUAGACUGAAUAUUGUUCCUUCUGGUGUUUUCUUUGGUUGAAUUUUUAGGUAAAAAAGGAAAGAUAACAGAAUGUCAGUGGAACUUGAAAAGGUGAUAGGUGAUAUUCGAGCGAAGAAAGGGGGAUACAAAAGUUUCGAUGGACCUUCACCUGAGGAUAAGACAGUGCCGGAUGUUUUCACGGAGAUUUUUAAUUGGCUCCUUUGUCGUCGCAGAAGUAGCUCCGAUGUCUCGGGCCAGUCGGGGGAGGAGGAGGGGGAGAGGGGCUCCCCGGAGCGAACACUGCGGACGCUGGAGGGGGUCGUGGCACCCGUGGCCCUCUCUAUGUUCAGCGUUUUGCUUUUUCUCAGGAUAGGUUUUGUUGUUGGCCAGGCAGGGAUUCUAGAAGCAGUGUUACAGCUCGUUUUAGCUUAUUUUAUUUUAGUAAUGACAGUGCUGUCAAUCAGUGCCAUAUCAACCAAUGGAGCAUUAGAAGGAGGCGGGGCUUACUACAUGAUAAGCCGGGCUUUGGGGCCAGAAUUUGGAGGAAGCAUUGGUUUUCUGUUCUUUGUGGCCAAUGUUUUAGCUGUAGGUCUUUAUGUCACUGGCUUUGUGGAAGCCAUGAUUGAGAAUUUUGGACCAGGAGGGACCAUGGUAGACCAGCCAUUUUUAAAGGGUGACCAUGAUUUCUGGUACAAGUACCUGUACUGUACAAUCGUCUUGUUUGUGUGUCUGGGUAUCUGUAUUGUUGGAGGUGCCAUGUUUGCCAAAACCUCACUGUUAAUAUUUAUGGUAGGUAUAUACAUCUACAUUAUAAUUUAAAUGAUUAUGUAAAAC